AUGAUAACUUGGAAGCACCUACAUGUAGCCUUUUUGGCCUUCAUGUUGCAUCCUGGAUCGGCUUCUGCGAGUAACUGCACGUCCGUCUAUGACAGAAUUCCUGUCAACAGUGACUUGACCGUGGACUGUGGGACUACUACCAUCACACUGGAGGUGAAUCUGUGCACUGCCCAGUGGGCUGGCUUCAAUGACACGACUCUGGCUAUGAACGGGCAGCACAAUAACAGCCAGUGCCGCGGAAUCAAGGACUCCAGUGUGAACCCACCUGUUGUCCGGUUUCACUUGCCGGUCAACGACAGCCAGGCGAACCCCUGCCGGACAUCCUGGCAGAUUGUAAAUGAAGGUGCAGGGACAGGGAUCUUCAGCGCGUUCUCUAAUAUCCAGUCGGUGGUCAUCACAGGCUUCAUCGACACACCCCGCUCCUCUGAAGGUGUCAUCAGCUACUCUACUGACCUCUACUACCACUUCAACUGCCGCUAUCCCCUGGAGUACUUCAUCAACAACACACAAAUUGUGGCGUCCUCUGUUUCUGUGGCAACCAAGGGGAAUAAUGGAACCUUCAUUAACACUCUCAGCAUGAGUGUCUAUAAUGAUUCUGGUUAUAAUAACCCACUGGUAGUUCCAGAUUCAGGCCUAGAAUUGCGCACUGACGUCUAUGUUGAAGUCAAAGCUACAAACCUCACUGGAAGCUUUCACGUGUUGCUUGACCACUGCUUUGCCACGGCAUCCCCGUACAACGUGUCGCUCAAUGAACAGCAUGACUUCUUCAUUGGUUGUAGCAUAGCCUCAAGAACCACAAUAGAGGUGAAUGGGCAGGAUCUUCGUUCGCGGUUCCAUUUCGAGGCGUUCCGCUUUGUGGAACACCACAGUCAGCAGAAGUCCACUCUGUACCUCCAUUGUAUUGUGCGACUCUGUGAACCAACCAAGUGCCAAGAGCUUCUCAAUGCAUGCAGUGGGAGCAGUGGCAGAAGAAGGAGGGAUGUCGAGGAGCCUUUUGGUGUGGAGUCAUCGGAGUCCACCACCGUGUCUGUGGGACCAAUCUUCACCAGAGACAAUGCAGAUGCAGUCGACCAAGCCUCAUCCCCAGAGUCUGGUGCUCAGCAGGGUGAGAGGAGUCCGGACAACACAGGGUUAGCCGUCGGGCUGGUGUUCGGUUGUGGAGCGGCCGUACUAGUCGUCUUAGGAGGCUGGUUCGUGGUGAAGAAGUUUGUUUUGACAGGUGGCGGAGUUGGAUCCUUUCAUUAACUCACACAGGAAACUGCAAUGGAAUUUACAAUUGAAUUUCACAAUUGCUAAAAUACUGAACUUGAUCCUCUGAACCAAAUUUUCAGUUGCUUGAACACAUUUCUUGAAAAGAUCCCUCUCUUAGCAAAACCUUCAACAGUUUUCACAUAUAAAACACAAUUUGCAGAUCUUUAGAUGCAAAACUCUAAAGACAUUCUGAUGCACACUAUGUUUUCCAUUUUAUGAUGUAAAUGACUUUAGUAGUGUGUUUCAUUUUGACUGCUUUGUGAGAUAAUCUGAAGGCAGUGUUUGGUUUUGAGGUGAUUGUUUUGGAAAUGUAGUGUGCGAUUUGGAAAAAACUGUAAUAGAGUAAUUCAUUCUUGGUUAAACUUUUACAUACUGUAUUAACAGAGUUGAUCUGGUAGAGAGUAUUGUUUGGGAGUUUGGGAC